GUGAAACAUUUGCGGAACACUUAUAAAUCAUUAGAUAUAGAAGUAGAUGGUGGUCUUGGACCAAGUACUAUUGAUACUGCAGCUGAGGUAAUCAUCAAAACUAAUUAAGAAUUAGUUAAUUAUUGUCUUUGCAUUCUAAUGCAAUAUUUGAUUGCCUUUACUGUACAAAGUGAUUUAAAAGCACACAUAACAGCAAUAAUACUUAUUGUGAAAUCAUUAAUAAUUCAUGACGAAAACACAAAACUUUAACUUAAAUUUUCUCACCAAAUAUCAUUAAUUUAUUGUAAAUUGUUGACGAAUACGAAUGUUCUCAUCAAGACGUUCCACAAGCCAUUUACAACAUUCGCGUCCGUGUUGUAUCGGAUAUACAUUACCUUUCGCCUUCGACUCGAGUUUGUACACUAUAUCCGAUACAACACGGCCGCUUAUGUUGUAAAUAGUAUACAUACCCCUCAUAAAGUACUCCAACUUAACAAAUGCAAAAAGCAUUUUUCUUAUCAAAUAUCAUGAUUUUUGUCAUCUCACUCGAUAGAACUACUGUAAAAGGAGUUUGAUAGGUUUGAUUCUUGCCCAGAUGGCCUAUAGUUACAUUUUUGGCAGCUGGUCCUGGUUAGGUCUAAAAAUGUAUACACGAAAUAUCCAUCUUUAAAAAAACUUCUCAAACCCUCUAGUUCACUUUUUUAUUUUCUACUUUCAGGCUGGAGCAAAUAUGAUCGUUUCUGGCAGUGCCAUUAUUUCUAGUAAGGAACCGCAACAAGUUAUCUCUGUGCUCAAGGAAAGUGUCAAUAAAUGGAUUGAUAUAAAUUGGUCCAAAACUUAA